ACCAUGUCCGCCCAGGACCUGAGCAUCGCGGCCAAACUCAUCAAUGGAGGCGUGGCAGGGCUGGUGGGCGUGACCUGCGUGUUUCCCAUCGACUUGGCCAAGACGCGCCUGCAGAACCAGCUUGGCAAAGCUUCGUACAAGGGAAUGAUCGACUGCCUGGUGAAGACGGCGCGGGCCGAGGGCUUCUUGGGCAUGUACCGAGGGGCCGCGGUCAACCUAACCUUGGUCACCCCCGAGAAGGCCAUCAAGCUGGCAGCCAAUGACUUCUUGCGGCAGCUGCUGAUGGAAGAUGGGAUGCAGCGGAACCUGAAGAUGGAGAUGUUGGCCGGAUGUGGAGCUGGAGUGUGCCAGGUGGUGGUUACGUGUCCCAUGGAAAUGCUCAAGAUCCAGCUGCAGGACGCAGGGCGCGUGGCUGCGCAUCAGCAGGGUUCGGCCUCCAGGCCCUCCUCCUCCAGGUCCUACACCACAGGCUCGGCGUCCAGCCACAAGCGCCCGUCGGCCACGCUCAUCGCAUGGGAGCUGCUUUGCACCCAGGGCCUGGCUGGUCUGUACAAGGGCCUGGGCGCCACUCUCCUCAGGGAUGUCCCUUUCUCCAUCAUCUACUUCCCACUGUUUGCCAACCUCAACAGCCUUGGGUUCAGUGAGCUCGCCGGAAAGGCUUCCUUCGCCCACUCCUUUAUGUCAGGCUGUGUGGCAGGUUCCAUAGCAGCCGUGGCAGUCACCCCUCUGGACGUUCUCAAAACACGAAUCCAAACCCUCAAGAAAGGCCAGGGUGAGGACGUCUACAGUGGACUCACCGACUGCGCCAGGAAGCUGUGGAUCCAGGAGGGGCCGCCUGCCUUCCUGAAGGGAGCAGGCUGCCGGGCGCUGGUCAUCGCACCGCUCUUCGGGAUCGCCCAAGGCGUCUACUUCAUGGGAAUUGGAGAGCGCAUCUUGAAGUGCUUCGAGUAA